CACUCAUCUUUCACCAAAUUCUUUUACAUAUACAAUCUCUCUGUUUCUAUUUUCAACUCUCUCCAUAUUUAAGUUAUAUUUUCUCCAAAAACAUCUAUAAUUUUCCUAGUGAUUUUUCUAGAUUAAUCGAACAUGUCACUAGACGGGGCAGGACUUGGAGGGAUGGCUAUGGCGGAGGCUUACACGGCGAGGAAGUUUCACAGAGAGAACAUGAAGAUUUUAAGGGAAAACGUAGCCACAACUGCUGGUGGUGGUAGCGAAGAAAACGGUGGAGGAUAUAACCGGUGGUUCUUUGGAAAGCUGAGCACUAAGAAAAACUCGGCUAAAGUUUGUGAUCUUAUAAUAUAGAAUAAUAAGCUAAGAUGGUCACAUCCAAAAUUAAUCUAAGGAAUAAAAAAGGCUUCUUAUAUAUUUUUUAGUUUACCUAGCUUUUUAUAUCUUCUUUGUUUUUCUUAUUGUUAUUUUGCUUUAUGUUUGACAGACGAU